CUGGAUUUGACCGCCGUCACGAUUGUUUUGCGACGUUAUAAUAAUAACUGAAAGGACUGAACGUGGUUACAAUCUACUGAAAUGGCAAGAGGAAGUCGCAGUCGUCCUUCACCGGCACCAGCGAGUGCUCCUGCCCCAUCCUAUGCUCCAGCUCCUGCAGCUCCUCCUCCGAUGGCAGUGGCCCCUGCUGCGGCUCAGCCUAAGCAGCCAGGUCUCAUGGCCCAGAUGGCCACCACAGCGGCCGGAGUGGCCGUUGGUUCAGCUGUUGGGCAUGUGAUGGGCAGUGCCAUCACAGGUGCCUUCAGUGGAGGCAGCAGUUCAGAGGCACCCAAACCAGCACCCACAUAUCAGGAGCCAUCACGACUUCCACCCUCUCAGUCUGGUCCUUGUCUCUUUGAAGUGAGGCAGUUUCUGGACUGUGCCACGACUCAGGCUGAUCUGAGCUUGUGUGAAGGCUUCAACGAGGCUCUUAAACAGUGCAAACUCUCCAGUGGUGUCACGUCUCUGGUGUGAUGAAGAAAUUGGAAGAGCUUGACACUACAACUAGAAAAAUAAACUACAGGUCCUGAAUAUUACUGCAGUGAAUGUCUGCUUAUGUUUAUAGUUAUGAAAUAUGUACUGAUACUUUUGAAUGUGUGAUCAUGUAAAUGAGGUUGUACAUUAAAGAGCUGCUGUUAUCUUA